AUGGAGAUGAUGAAAGCGGCUAGUUCGCUCAUGGUGCCCAAGAAGUUCCGCAGCGUGAGGGAAAAGACUGGGCAUCGACGCAACAGAUCGUCCGAGGCCGGCAACAAGCCACGGCCGCUAACAGCCGAAUCGUGGCUCUCCAUCUUCAAGCCCGACUCCGUGAAGCAGGCGCAGAGGGAAAAGGAAGAGGAGGAGAAGGAAGCGGCAAAGGUCGAGGAUGUAGCCAAGCGCCUUGAGGAGCUUAAUUACCAUGAGAUUUCGCAGGAUAUCAUCCGCCUCGCACUCCGCUCCAACUUCGCCGCCGGCGACAUCAACAAAGCAGUCGAGCUCCUCCAAUUGCAGCAGCAGGCCUUCUCCGGAAUAAUACAGCCCUACGACCCAAAUGUCGUAUUGCUUGGUGCUGAGAACAGGGGAAACGUCACCUGCUAUCUCGACUCGUUGCUCUUUGCCAUGUUCGCCCACUUGACAGCCUUCGAAUCGAUGCUCAAGAAUGACUUGGAAAACGAGUCCCAGAGGAAGUUGGCCGCUUUAAUUAGGUUAUGGGUCAACAUGCUCAGGAGUGGAAAGCUCAUUCACACCGAUAUGACGGAGCACAUUCAGCAAGCCUUGGCCGACUGCGGCUGGAAAGAUGCUGCCCGUCUUGAGCAGCAGGAUACGUCGGAAGCCUUUGCCUUCAUCGCCGAUGCGCUCCAGCUGCCCCUUCUCGCCCUCCGGAUGGACCUGUUUCACCAGGGGAAAGGAGAUGUAGACGACCACAAGGUUGUGCAUGAAAGGUGCCUCAAUCUCCCUGUGCCCCCCGACACGGAUGGCAAAGGGGUCAAGCUUGAAGAUUGCAUGGAGGCGUAUUUCAACAACAAGGUCGAUGUGCUUCGGGAUAGCGUCGAGGAAAAGAAAUCUGUCGACAAGCCCGCCAUCACCCCGGAGAGCAUGACUCGGAUGGUUCCUGACGAAGAAGCCCCGGACGAGCACACUGAGAACACUCAAUUGCAACGACGGUGGACAACGCACGGGGAUGUCGUGCAGUCUCCAGUCUCCGCUCCCAGUCCUAGUUCCCCGCCAUCAAGUUCUCGGGCCAGGUCAACCAGCAUUAUCCAGCGAUUUAUAGUGAGCGAGAAGACCGCGUCGGCAGAUGCGGAGACGAGAAGCCUGCUCCAGCGAGCCAAGCGGACUGGCUCAAACGUGGUGAAGGCCGUGACCAUUCCGGCUUGGCAGUUCUACCGGUUGAUACCGUGGAAUGCCACCUCCUCCACCGCUCCAAGCAGUGACGUAGAGCUCGCUCGGCAUUUUAACCAACGCCCUGUCGUUGCCAUUUGCUUGAAGAGGUACACAAUGACAGAGAAAGGUGUGCCCAUACGCCAGAACACGUUCAUCGACAUCCCCGACAGCCUUCGCCUCCCGCAUUUCAUGGUUGUCGACGACUGCGACGUCGAGGAGCAAGACCCCAAUGGGUUAAGCCAGGAAUAUAAGCUGGUGUUGCAGUCAGUCAUCUGUCACAGGGGUGAUUCAAUCCAUAGUGGGCACUAUGUUGCCUAUGCUCGGGUUGCACCGAAGCUCCUAACAGAUAACCGGGGUCACGACCAUGAUCCGCCCCCCGACUACGAGGAGCCCCAAUGGGUCAAAUUCGACGAUUUGGCGAUCGAGAGGCGUGUCGAACCAGUGGAUGACAUUCAGCAAUGUCUCCGCAGACAGGAAGAGAUGCCGUAUGUGCUGAUCUACCAACUCGUCCCCAUGGUGGACGUCACGACCGCGUCGACGGACGGCUCUGUGACGGAUCCCCCGGGGUACCUCGAGUCAACAGUUGACGUUUCCAAAACGCCGAGCGCUGAGACGAUAUCCGAUGCCGGUCGGCUGUCGAAGUCGAUUAGCGGCUACUUCGACUCGGGCACAACGCUCACCCAAUCGGGACCGCGCCUUCGCCCCAGUUCCGAGAUCGAGCAGCCUCCGCGGCUUAGUUUUGAGGAGUAUGACAUGCAGGCGCUUACUAUCCAGACAGACAAUUCCAGGCGAGGUAGCGUCACAUUUUCCGAGCCGGUAGCUACUUCCAAUCCUGCCGCUAGCCCUGAGGCCGGCUCUCCAGCCGUCACGCCUCAGGAAGAGACCACCUCGGCCCGACUCUCACGGGCAGCGGCAAUGUUCAAGUCAGGCGCAAGCAAGUCCCGGCCGACCAGCCAAGCCGGCGAGGGGAGGAUUAGUCUCACGAUAUCGAGGCUCGGCUUUGGCCGGCAGAGCAAGGAUAGCGGCUCCAGCGUCGGCAACGGCACGACAAACUCGGAAGCGUCGACGAGCGAGCAGGGCGGGCCCACGGACGGGGAGGAGUCUUCCGGCAAGGAGAAGGAACACCAUCACUUUCACAGGAAAGAGAAGGACAGGGACCGGAACAAGUCCAAGAGUCGCGACAAGGAGGACAAGAAGGACAAGGACAAGGGGAAUGGCAAGGGCAGGGAGAGUGUCCAGCCUGACCGCGAGUGCGCUGUCAUGUGA